AUGUCGUGGCUCGAGACACCGUCCACAGACGAAGACCUACAUGAUCCGUGGGAUACGAUCACUAUGCCUGAAGAAGCCGACAUAUCGCGCGGACGACUCCUGUACCGCACCGACCAGCCAUUCACACGUCCUCCACAAGACAACGAUGACAGGAUGGCUCUUGCUGUUCAGUCCUUCACCAAAGCAGUUGAGAUCAUGGGCGAGACGCUGGAUACCAUGCGUAAAACAGCUGUUGCAAUACGCAAAGCUACCAAAUGCCUAUGUGAGGCCCGGUCAUAUCAAGAUCUGUCCAACGGACACGAUAUCAAGUAUAAGCGUCGAAGUGAGGCAUAA